AUUAAUCACACAAACCGGAAGUAUUCAGUCCAGCAUCCGUCUGGUUUAUAGACAUCAGAGAUUUUGUAGUGCAGCGUUUAUAGGGAGGAUAACAUCCUGUAAAUCUGGCAACUCUGCCCCGGGAGGGAGGAUGGAGGAGAGCGCGAGACACACCGGAGGCACAGGUGCGGCUGGUCCAGCUAAAGUGAUGACAUCAUCACCAGUUUCUGAAAAGAAACCUCAGAGAAAUGGUCACACCUCCCCAGUUCACCAGUCAGCCAAUCAGAUCAACCCAGCUGCUGGUAAACAGACUGAAAUGUUGACUCCGCCCUCUGUGUCUGAGAAGAAGCCUCUGGCCAAUGGACACGCUUCACCUGUCCGCUAUCCAGCCAAUAGCAGCAACAGCCAGACAGCUAACCAAUGUGUGGAGUCUCUACUUAAAACAGAUGAAAGGAUGCGUCUGGCCAGAGAGAGACGAGAGGAGAGAGAGAGGAGUCUGGCGAUGAGGGAGCAGGCUCUGAUGGAGAAGGAGCGCCGUGCUCGUCUGCAGUACGAGAGGACGAGGGAGGAGAGGUGUCGGCGUCUGGAGGAGCAGAGGCAGAAGGAGGAACAACGCAGAGCUGCCGUGGAGGAGAAGAGGAGGCAGCAGCUCGAGGAGGAAAAGGAGCGUCUGGAGGCUCUGAUGAGGAAAUCACUGGAACGAAGUCUUCAACUGGAGAGCAGAAACAAACGUGGGACCUGGGGGAUGAAUGGACAGAGCGACUAUGCCCUCCCCCAUGACCUCAUCGCUCCCUCUCCUGCUACCAACGAAUUAGGCAACGUCCAUCAUGGUCACAUGACCUCUGUGGACAACCUGAUGCUCCAUCGUCUCUGUACACACACACACUCCUCACUUGCUCGCUGCAGCAGUGACGCUGAACUGUGUGUGCCCUGCCCACGGUACACAGUUCCCUCCAGUCCUCACAGGUCGCUGUACUGUGUGUCACCGAGCCGUCGCCGUGCCAACACUGUUGCCAUGGAGUUAGGAGGGGCAAAUUCAGCCCCGAAUACCCCGAAGAAGGAGAGGUUGCGUACAGAAAGAAGAACACCAACUGGAUCACCUGUGAGAAGAACCGAAUCUCCUGCUGAUGUUAUCUGGCGCACUGCCUCACCGAAAUUGAUUCCUAAGAGUCAUAAUCCAUCUCCUGUCCCACUUCGUCAUCACCCUCUGUCCCCUCUGAGACACAGACCCUCCACACCUGUCACUGACGACAACAAGUUCACCGUAAACAGGCCAGCCCAAGAGGUCAAAGGUCAUGACCCUGCAGAGAAAAAGCCGCUGACUGAGGUGGGGGUCGGUGCAGGACGUGUGAGUGGAACCUGUAAACCAGAGAACCACAAACCUGCUGACAGGAGCACAGAGCAUUCACCUUUGACCUCUGGGAGGGGCGUCGCCAGGACAACAGAUGGAGACAAGGCGGCUCGGGUUUCGGUGGAGCGACAGUGUCUCAGUCGUGCACAGAAGGAGCAAGAGGAAAAGGACAGGCUGAAAGCUGAGCACCUUAAGAAGAAGCAGGAGGAAAAGAUGAAGGAUGAGGAGAAGAAGAGAAAAGCAGAUGAAGAAAAGGAGCUGCAGGAGAAACAGGAAGUGGAGAGAGAGCUGAUGAAGCAGCAGGAGGAGCAGGAGCGACAGCAGAGGAAAAAGAGAAUCGAGGAGAUCAUGAAGAGGACGCGGCGGAGUGAUGGAGAAAUAAAGAGAGAGGACAGUCAGGAGCUUCAGUCCCCACCGUCACACUCAUACACUCUGUCUCCGCCGGGUGAAGCCCUGGUGAACUCUAAGGUAAAAGGUGAGGUGAAAGCCCCGCCCACUGGUGCACAGGUAAAGCCACACACACCUGAAAGCAUCAUCAAACGGCAUGAGAGUGCGGAGAGGUGUUCACACACACCUGCACAGGUGCCGCACAGCACGCCGUCAUUAAACUCUCCAGAUCGUAGAGGAGCAACUAGAAAUGAGGACAUCACUCCAGUGAUGCUCCUGAGAAGCUCAGCUGGGAGAGAGGACCAGAGUACUCAGGUCAAGAGCAUCAGCAGUUCAUCAGAGAAGCUGCAGGAGGCACAGGUGAAGAUCUCUGCUGAAAACAAUGAGAAGAAACUUCUUCCAGUCACAGAGAGAGAGCAAAGAACAGGCCAGGUACACAGCACUGAGCUCGCACAGGUGAUCAAACAAGAUCAAACCACUGGCCAGAUGAACAGUUCCCCCUCUGAGCAAGUGAAGACUCCAAACUCCCAACUGGUAAACAGUCCAGCGAAGAAUCCAACCACUCAGCAGGUGAACAGCCAAGCUAAAAGCCCAACCACUCAACAGGUGAACAGCCAAGCUAAAAGCCCAACCACUCAGCAGGUGAAAAAUCCAACUGCUCAGCAGGUGAAGAGUCCAGCCUUCCAACAGGUGAACAGCCCAACAAACAGCCCAACCACUCAGCAGGUGAACAGCCAAACAAAGAGUCCAAUCGCUCAACAGGUGAACAGCCAAACAAAAGGCCCAACCGCUCAGCAGGUGAAGGGUCCAGCCUUGCAACAAGUGAACAGCCAAACGAAUUGUACAACCAUUCUGCAGGUAAACAGCCAAGCAAAAAAAUUUGCUUCCCAACAGGUGAACAGCCAAGCGAAAAGCCCAACUGCUCAGCAGAUGAAUAAUCCAAUGGAAAGUGCAACUGCUCAACAAGUGAACAGCCAAGAGAAGGGUUGGACCGCUCAGCAGGCGAAUAGCCAAGCGGAAAGCCCAACUGUUCAGCAGGUGAAUAAUACAACCAUUCAACAAGUGAACAGCCCAGUGAAGGGUCCAACAUCCCAACAGGUGAACAGCCAAGCGACGUGUCCAGCCUCUCAUCAGGUGAACAGCCCAGCAAAGAGUCCAACUGCUCAGCAGGUGAAUAAUCCAACUUCCCAGCAGGUGAACAGCUCAUUGAAAACUCCAGCCUCCCAGCAGGUCAACAGCACAGUGAAAAGUCCAAGCUCUCAGAAGGUGAACAGUUCCUUUAAAACCCAAUCCUUACAGCAAGUGAAAGUUUCUACCUCUGAACAGGUGAACAGCCCAGUGAAGCGUGAGCAAGUGAAUGGCCAGGUGAACUCACAGGCCAAAACUAUCAUGACAUCACCACAGGUGACAUCAAAGACAAAAAGUAUCUCCUCCCCCCUCAGCUCACUACCUCCAUCAGAGUUCCCGCCACCUCUUAGUGACCUGGAGUAUCUGGAAAAAAGGGGCGGGGCCAGAAAGGAGUCGGCUGAUGAGGUGCAGUCAAUGGAGGUCAGCCCCGUCUCUAAAGAGGAACUCAUCUCAGUUCCGAAGUUUUCUCCGAUCGCUGAAGUUCAGAAUGUUGUGAACAGCACGCGAGCGCUGGAGGACCUGCUGGAUUUGACUGGUCAUGUGAUGUAUCCCAUAAUGCCACGCAGCACCGCGCUCGGAGACUGCAACAAGAACGUGAUUGAGCCAAAACAGACUUCUAACACACUGAACAUGAGGAGCAGAAAGGAGUGAGAGGUUGAGUGAGUAACAGAGGAAGAAGGAAAAAGAGGAGAUGCUUCAUUACUGGAUGGAUAGACUGAGCAUUUUCAAACAUUAGCAUCGUCCCGCUACAACUAAGAACACUGAGACUUUCGAGGCUGGACUGCAUCAUCUAUUUAUUUGUUUGUUUAUUUAUUUCCCCAUAAUGAGAACAGUGUGUGCUGUUUAUUAACACUGAGUAAGGCUUUGUUUUGGGUAUUUGUCUCCCUUGGAAAUUACCAUAACUUUCUUCUAAACGUCACUAUUUCAGACAAAUUGGAACAAAAAAGUCAAUGUGAGAAACGUUUACAGAACUGAGAUGUCAUUAUUGUGUUUGCAGACAGUCAUUUCCAUAACAUGCUAACGGAGCGCUAACAGAACCAACUGGCUAGUGGUACUAAGUUACUUAGUUAAUCAGGUAAUUAGUUAGCUAUAUUAGCCAGCAUGUCCUCUAUAAGAGCUAAUGGUUUAAAAACCCUCAUAGACUGUGAUUUAAAUUCCCUUCUGUUGCAGCAUGUGGGGUCGGUGCAAAGCUGGUGUGUAAAUAACUGUACAUUUAUACAGUAUAUAAUAUAAUAUGUUUGUAAAAUGACAGCUAGCCAAAGCGCAUGAAGGAGAAAAAAAAAACUCAGACAAAAAGAUGUAAGCUCUUCAUCAGUGCAGUAGAUCACCGAAACAGUAGACUAAUGCUGCUACACAGUACACUGGACUGUAUUUAUGCUAAGUUUUCCUGCACUGCAUUGGUUUUAUGUUUAACACAUGAUUGUGUAGUGCUUAGUUUGGACAGUUUUAAAGUAUUAAGUACUGUAUGUAUUUAGCUAGCUAACAUAACAAAACACACAACACUGGUGAGCUGCUAGCGUGAGUGAGUCAGUAAACUAGCUGUAUGAGCACAUGCUUUGCUACAAGAGCUAAUUCUGCUGGGUUUUUUUUUAUCAGAGUCGAAAAGCCAGAAAUGAUGAUAAACCAUAAUAAAGGCUGAGGGGAUUUCUGAUCGUAUUAAAAAUAUAAAAUUCGGCCUGUAACUCUACCGUCAGCGCUUUGUUGUAUUCAGCUGGGGAAUAUUAUAUCUGUAGCAUAAUUACAAUGAAAAAUUAAUUCUGCCUUGUGGACUUCAUGCUUUUAGUGAAACACAGACUCUGUUGUGAUGUUCAGAAUUCCUGAUACAGAUUAUUUUAUGAUUGAACUUCAGUUUGCUGUUUUUAUUUUAUUGUAGAAAGCUGCAUCCCAUGGACAAGCUGGCUACAGGUUCCACAUUCUCUGUUUAUAUUUCUUUUGUUUCUCUGAAGACGUUCACGUGUACCUGAUCCUGAACCCCAGACUGCAUGAACAUUUCUCCACCACUGUUAGCGUUUGGGACACAGUGACGAGGCCGUCACGUUCGUGUCAGGGUUCAGCUUGAUUAAUGAGCUGCUUUAGAUCCAUAUUUUCACUGUAAUGUUCUAGAAAAUACAAGUUAAAUAUUUAAAUCUAGUUCAUUUCUUCUUGGACAGAACUCCAACCCAGGUCCCAGUGCUGCUGCGGAGUGAAGCUGAGACAGAUGUACAGAUUUCUGCUCCUGUUCUCAGUGUGUUACUGUGUGAUGACGCACCAGAAAGUGUUUUACUUGAAACUGAAUUCAUCGUUUUUCCUGCUUGUGGAUAAAUCACAUUACUGCACAUGUACCUCCUGUAAACAAGCUGCAUGAAGUCUGAAGCCUAUGUUACACUCAUUAAUAAUGAUUAAAAAAGUUAAAAAUGACAA